GAUUUUAUUUAUCGGGACUAAUACAGGAAGAGAAUGUGACUCUCCAAUGUAUUUGUUUGCAUCUGCUGUGACACUGUGUAGUUGAACAACAACACUUUUAAUCAUCACAGAUUAAAAGUGAUCAUUAAUGAACUUUUUUCAAACUAUAUUUUUGUGUUUAAAACAUGUCUUUCCUCUACAUUAUAACUGUAAUCUUAUCACUACAGUUUGUACACUUUUGCCGUUUUCCUGGUUCGUCCCUGUAAUGAACGACACCGACCAGUGGGGGGCAGCACAAAGAGAAAGUAAAGGCAGAGGUCACACGCCCAUCUUCACUAGUGUCUCGUCUCCAGACCCGCUUGUUUUCGGUGGAAGACUGGAGUUGUUGGUGGGUGCACUUGUAGCUGCGGUCUAUCUUCCACAAACAAAACGGCUUUCAAGCGAUUUUUUCCCCCCCCAUUUACCCUUGGAUAUACAUUUUAUUAACUCUCAAGGCAGCGCAGCGUGUCCGCGUCCGGACAGGAAGGGCUCGCGCACCUCGUUCUUCUCGGAACCUCUGCCUCUGUGAUGGAGCUCCAAACCAGUCUCAAAAACACGCUGAAGAACAAAUAUCAGCAACUGAAUGAAGCAUAUUCUAAAAAUGCAUUACUCCCCUCAAGACUUUGCUAUCGGAAUCUCAAUCGCGACUACCAAUUUCCUAAUUUGGACCAGCAAGAGUUUAGAUAUGUUGAAAAUGCUGACCUUCACACUUUUAAAACCGUCCCGCUCACUGAUAUUUUAUCAUGUGACUGCAAACAUAAGAGCAGAAAGAGAACCGUCAUCACUCUUGGAGUGUGUGGAGUUGGAAAAAGCACCACAGUGCAGAGUUGUGCUCUGGAGUGGGCCGAGGGGAAAGGGUACCGUGACAUCCAGCUCCUCUUCCCUCUCACAUUCUGGGAGUUAAAUUUGGUGAAGCGUUUACUGAACAUGAUUGAACUUCUCCAGACAUUUUUCCCAGGAUUGAAGGAACUAGACGCUUCCAGUCUGAAUCGAAAGAACGUGUGGUUUGUCCUCGAUGGACUGGAUGAGUAUCAUUGCGCGCUGAAAUUCAACUGUCCAACAGUGAGUGAUGUUUCUCAGGUAUCCACUGUGCAAGUUCUUGUGACCAACUUGAUCAGGGGGACUUUACUUCCCAAUGCUCACGUUUGGGUAACAACUGGGUAUGCAGCGGCAGCACAAAUCCCUGCGGACUAUUUGCUUAAAGAGACGCAAGUGCAAGGGUUCAGUGAUGAUCAGAAGGAGCAGAACUUCCGGACAAUUAUCGGCAAUGAUGAUCUGGCCAACAGAGCCAUCGACCAUGUGAAAAUCUCAAAGAGUCUAGACUGCCUUUGUCAGAUACCUCCAAUCUGCACCAUCAUGGCAAAUGUUCUGAAGAGUCAUCUAAAAGAAGACCAGGGAUUUAAAUUCAGCCCUUUAAAUCUUACCCAGAUUUACACCAUCCUUGUCAAGACAUCAAAGUUGGAUAUUUUCGCCAAGCUGAAAAGGCUGGCCCUGUGUCGGAUGCACAAGGAAAACUUAAUAUAUGAGGAUGACCUUUUAAAAAGUGACAUAAGUGCGGAGGAAGCGUCAUCUUUCUCCAAAGAAUGUCCACUUGUGUUGAGGGAAGAGAAGGGGCUGCACAACACCACAGUGUUUCGCUUUGGACAAUCGAGCAUUCGGGAUUUCUUGGGCGCAGGUGCUACAUUGGACGAAAUUCAAAUACGGUCCGGCUGGUCUUCUCAUUGUAGGCUUUUUUUGAAUGAGGCCCUGCAAAAUGAUGCGGGGAAAGGUGAUGUCUUCCUACGUUUCCUCUUUGGCCUUCUUAAGGAGCGUCAAAUGUUGGGGCCCACCAAUUGGUUUUUUGACUACACCAAAAAGAAGAUCCUAGAGAACGUAAUGACUUACAGGGCCGUGGGUCUGCUCUACUGUCUGUGGGAAUAUGACAGCCAGGCUUUCGAGAAAGAGAUCAAGUUCUUUCUAGAGUUGGGUUACACACCAUUCAGUGACUUCCCACCACUGUACUGGCAUUUCAUGAUCCAAAGGAUCAAGACUUUGGGAGGGAUAAGUGACAAUUUUGAGAUGGAUGUGUCCACGAGAUGUGAUCAAAGACUCCUCAGGCAGCUACCAGCUAUCAUGAAAUCAAGGAGGGCCAUGCUGCGAUUCUCUAACCUGACAGACAAGUGUUGUCCAGCCCUGGCAGCUGUCCUGAGCACGAGAGAGUCAUACCUGAGAGAGCUGGACCUGGGCUACAACAGCAUCACUGACAGCGGCGUUGGGACACUCGUGGAGGGGUUGAACGAUCAAUACUGCAGACUGAAAACGCUCCGGUUGCAGGGCUGUGAAGUGACGCCGCGAGGCUGUAAACACCUGGCCACCGCCCUGACCCAGUCCCUGAAACUGCGGGAGCUGGAUCUCAGCAGGAAUGAAAUUGGAGAUGAUGGACUGCGACACCUUUCAGAUGGUUUGAGAGCUCCGGAGUGCCAGCUCGAAACCCUCAAACUGUCACAGUGCAACAUUGAGCAAAUGGGCUGCUACCACCUGGCCUCGGCUCUGCAUGCGAACCCCGACUACCUGACAGCAUUGGAUCUGAGCAUCAACAUGGUCGGAGACGAGGGGGCCAAUGAGCUCUUUAAAAAGUUUGACAUUUCAAAGCUGCAAAAGCUGGAGAUGUACCACUGCGGCCUCACCGUGGUAAGCUGUGGAAGCAUCGGCGAAGCCCUGAAGUCCGAAGACAGCUCUCUGGUGGAGCUGAAUCUGAGCAACAACACCUUGAAAGAUUCCGGGUUUGCGCUCAUCUGCGAAGGCAUGUACGCAUGGUGUAGUCUGGAAAAACUCAACGUUUCAAGAUGCGGAAUCACUGGUCUUGGUUGCAGUUGUAUGGCAAAGGUGCUGUGUUCAGUCUCACAGCUCUUGAGUGGGUGGAUCAAGCAAACUGACUGGCAGGCGGUUGAACUGAAAGACCUCGACCUCAGCCUGAACUGCCUCGGAGACAAGGGAGUAAAAGACAUCUCGGCUGGCAUGAAGAAUCCCUUCAGCCACCUGAAAACUCUCAACCUGAGCCACUGCAACCUCACUGAUGAGUGCUGCACUGAGCUCGCAGUAGGAUUUAUGUCAAAGGAGAGUAUUAUCAGCGAGGUGGAUCUGUCUGAAAAUGACCUGCAGGAUAAGGGAGUAAGGAAACUCUGCGUGGGACUCAGAAACCCUCAGUGCAAACUCGAGAAGCUAUCACUGCGGAGCUGCGGUCUGACCUCGAAGACCAUUCAGUUCCUCAUCAGUGCCCUGAGGUCAAACCCCAGAUAUCUGGCAGAGCUACACCUGAUGGGCAACAGCCUCGAAGACUCCGGAAUCAGACUGCUCCUGGACCUAACCACGAACGACAGAUAUGCGCUGCAUAUCAUUGACGUCUCGGCAGACUAAGGAGAUGGACAGAAAGCAGAAACACGGAUGCAAAAUGUUCAAACAGGAUCAAUUUCCUAGACCCCGCAUAUUUGUACACCACCCUAACGGUGGGAGGGUCCUUCUAUUGCAAUGAAUGUUGUAGCAACAAUAUCAGGUGUUGCUCAGUCCACUUUACCUAUAUCCAUUUGGAUUUAUUUACUAUCUUUAAAUAUUAUUUACAUAAAAUAUGUGAAUAUACCCAAUGGGUAUCAUAAAUCACUUAAAUAGUUUUUUUUUCUAUCAAUGUAAUGUAUUGAUGUUUUUUUGUUGUUCUAAACUAAGCAAGUGCUAGCAAGUGCCUAAUGACAAGACUGCAUUCUGCAGUGCUUCAAGAUGGAUAAUGCGAAAAAAAGUGAAAUGCAUGUAUGCAUCUAAAUUUUCCCUCUAUGAAAACGUGCUUGUCGCCACAGUAUUGAUGUAACAAAACCAAAGGCUAUCGUUGUAUGUAAUGCAGAUCUCAGUGACCAAAUAAAUUCUUUACCUAUUGUUCA